AUGUUCUCGCGGGACGUGCUCAAGAGUCCACCACACGAAGCCGAGGACUCCGAGGCGCUGGAGGAGCAUGCCGCCGAGGGCUCGUAUCCGUUCCAGGGCUUCGGUCAACACCGGCAUUCGUCGUGGUCGCAGCAAAUACUGUCCCGCCAUCACCCGGACGAGUCGUGCGGCCAGUGCACGCCUUGGUGUGAGGGCACGGUAUGGAUGAUGGACAUGAUGAGCAGGCUCAAGGAGGGCCACGGCCACACACGCGAAAUCGACAUGCUCCUCGAACUCUCUAAACAAAUCGAAGAUCGUACAAUCUGCGCCCUCGGCGACGCAGCGGCCUAG